AUGGCGGAUUCGCAAAAGACACCUCCACUGGUAGAUGUCUUCGUGCCAAAGCCACGAAUCUCGGAGGAUUCCUUCGAUGAAUUGCCCACAAUGGCUUUCGAGCCCUGCCUCGUGGCACCCUGGCAACACCGCUCCGAUGGCCACCCUGUGGAGAUCCCUAUUUGUUUUGGUGGUCCAGUGGUGUGUCUACGCGACCUUCAUGAGAAGCAAUUGGCCGAAGGAAACAGCUUUUUGGAUGAGUACAGUUGCCUCGACGCACAAGCUCUUGAAGACUUACAUGAGGAGGCAGAAACCUUGGCCGAUUGGCUUAUUUACGAAUGCAAUUCUUACGAAGAGUGUCGCUGCAAACUAAUCCGCAAGACUCCACUGCUAGUCUUUGAGACAAUCUUGUGUAUUCUUGGUCGAAUGGAGGCGCCAAUGUUCCCUCUCUCUGAAAGAACUUGCAAACUUCUUCAGCGGCUGUCCCUACUUGAACCAGUUCACCCUCAUAGUACGAACAUUGCUCAGGUGAUUUACGACGAGGCCAUGUCAUUUUGUGCAGAUCCGGAUUCUGAUCGAAAUACCGUUUCUACUCCACACGUCAAGUCUUCCAGCCUUUUACCGCAAAUUGUGAACUUUAUUGAGCAGACUUACAGCUGCAAUAACGUCUCCCGACAAGACAGGUUGCGUCUUGUUAACAUAUUCAACAAGCGUCUAUUCCAGGAUCUAUACAUGGUGAUGGAAGUUAAGACACGUAACGUCAUCCGAUUGCUUAUUCGUGGUCUCUUUUUCAUUGUCCGACGAUAUGCUAUCACAAUGUGCAUCGAUUCAAAGGCUAAACAAGAGGAAACGUGGAUGAUUAAUACCAUUAUGACGCGACCACACAUCUUCCAGUACGCAAUCGUCACCAUAGCCGAGAAGGUGGGGCCUUUGCUCUUUCGGUUUCCGCUUUUCACGUGUUUGCAGCAAGAACUGGCUGUCAGGGUCAUUGUCAACAUAUUCUGCUCCAACACUGACCGAAUGUGGUAUCCAGGACAACGAAUAUCCGAUAUUACGAUCGACACAGGAUCUGCUAAAUGUCAUCAAGGAUGCAACUGUCACCACGAUGCAUAA